UAAUAAUAGUUUACCUGAAAAUAAAUUAUCAUUUGAUACUUCUUACGAUACAUUAUCUACAUCUUCAAAAUCAUCAUCUAAUUUUUUACAAAAAACUGUUACACGAUCAACAUCAUAUGGUCCACUUGAUAAUUACAUU